GAAAAACUAUAAAAGGGCAAGUAGUGUCCUCAAAACUGUGCAGUUGUUGUUGAGAUGUGCAGGCCAACUCCGAAAAAGUGUCUUUGUGGUGAGAGUGACGAAUCAAGAAGAGAUUCAUCAAGUGAAGAUGAUUCCUCGGAUAGUGAUGAGGAUGGUGCAGCAGCUAUUCCGAUUGAUUAUCGGCCGUCGCCGACAAGGAGGAAUGACUUUCAUGAGAAUGGUGUCGAUAAGGGUCCAUUUGAAUCUACCCUUCGACCAGAACUGGGUCCUAUUGCGCGUCCCAGGGGUCCUCAGGAUUAUCGUAACCAAUCAGAGGCGCCGACGCCAUCGGUCCAGAGAGUUACUGUGAGGGGAAAUUACUGUAUCUACUGCCAUGAGAAAGGCUACAACACGGACAUCGUUCACUCUCAUCGGAUGCAAAUCUUCGGAGGACCUGUCAUCUGCCCCUAUUUGAGGGUCAUCGUCUGCCCCAAGUGUGGAGCUUCCGGCGACAAUGCACACACUGUCGACUACUGCCCUAGGAAUCGCUUCAGGACACUCCAGGAGAUUGAACAGGAAAUUAGGCAUGAGCAGUACAUGGAGAAAGUAAUGGGAGUAUUCUACUUCCUGGGGAAGUAUAGUCUCUUUCCUCCCCAACAGACGCAACCUAAUGGGCCACCCGUUCCCGCGGGGAAUACAAACGAGCCCUGGUUCUUCAGGAAAUGGCCAAACUGGAGGGACUACACAAUUAAUCCUGCGCGAAUUUAAUUAAAAGGUAAUUCUAUUCUAUUUGGAAAAUUACGAGAAAAAAAUCGAAGAAAAAACAUAUUUAAAAAAAAACUAUAAAACGCAGAAAAUCAAGAGAUAGAAAUUUAGAAAUUUCCUUCACGAAUUCAUUUUAUCUAUCUCUAGUGAAAAAAAAAUGAUUUUAAAAGUAAUUUCUGGACUUUUGUGGCUCUUAAGAGAGACUUC